UUUUGUUAAGGUGAGGCAGCAAGAUUUGGUGGUAGCUAGGGUAGGGUUGGGGGGCGCAUAUGUUCCGACUUCCGAUUAAUGGCUCUGUGCCGAAUGUUCAUCCAUUUGAGCCCUCCUCGCCUUCCUCCUCGUAAAGCUACUGCGGCUGCUGCUAAUGCUAUUCUUCCAAACCUAAUUUAUUCGCGAUCCUCGUCCAUGGAAAACCACCCACCCCAAGGUUAUCGAAGAAACGUCGGAAUCUGUCUUAUAAACCCUUCCAAACAGGUUUUUGCUGCUUCCAGGCUUGAUGUUCCAGAUGCUUGGCAAAUGCCGCAGGGCGGGAUAGACGAAAAUGAGGAUCCGAAGAAUGCUGCCCUCAGAGAGUUGAAAGAAGAAACUGGAGUUACUUCUGCUGAUAUUAUUGCUGAGGCACCAUUUUGGUUGACCUACGAUUUUCCUCCCGAUGUAAGGGAAAAACUCAACGUGCAAUGGGGUUCCGACUGGAAGGGUCAAGCCCAAAAAUGGUUUCUUUUAAAAUUCAUUGGGAAUGACGAAGAGAUCAAUCUCUCGGGUGAUGGGAAUGAAAAACCCGAGUUUGGAAGCUGGUCAUGGAUUUCACCUCAAGAAAUAGUGAAUCGGGCAGUCGAUUUCAAGAAACCCGUAUACGAGGAAGUUUUGAAGUUCUUCUCUCCAUAUCUUGUAUAGAUCGAAUCAAAUUGGAUCAGAUCAGGUCAGAUCUUCUAUGACAAUUUGAAUUUAUUUAUAGGGUUAAGGUUUGAUUCUCAAUGGUAAUAAGCAUAAGGUACUAUGAUGAGUUUGAGUUUUAAGCUUGCAGUUUAUGGUGGAAUUAUGUUUGUAAGUUGGAGCUUCGAGAUUAAGAAAAAGAUAUUCUUAAGUCCAUCCUAAAAAUAUACAUUUUGCUAAUUUUGUCUGUUGGAAUAGGAAGUGUAAAUUUCCUUACAUAAUACCAAUACUUUGUAUCCGAUCGAAAAAAGAAAUACUUUGUACUC